AUGAUCAGAUUUUUCCUCAUCGGCUUGGCUCAGGCCUGUUUUCGGACAAAUUUGGACAAUCUUCCGAACCUUGAAACAUGCAGCCACGAGUUGAACUUCGAGAGAAAGACUUUGCCAAAAGUAAAUGUUACGAAAAUUGUCGGAGGAAUCAACGCUAAGAACAAUCAAUGGCCUUUUAUAACGAGAUUGACUGUUGAAACUGACGCAGGACAAGCUCUCUGUGGAGGGACUAUCAUCGACAAUAACUGGAUUUUGACCGCUGCUCAUUGCUGUGACGGGGCGAAUUCGAUCGAUGCUACUUUUGGCGAUCUUUCACAGAAUUCCGUCGAUUCUAGAGAAUUUACCCUUCGAUCGUCGAAAAUCAUCAAACAUCCAAGAUAUCGAGCUUCAAAUCUACGCUACGAUGUUUGCUUGGUAAAACUCUCCGGAGACAUCAUCGCUUCAGACCCCGAUGAAAGCGUCAAAAUCGCUUGCCUUACCGACCAUCUGCCUCAACAAGGAUCAGAUUGCUGGAUCGCCGGUUGGGGAAACACUCAGUCUUCUGGAACAGUCUCCAACAAGCUCAAACAAGCUCACGUUACAGUGAUGGAGAAAGAUUACUGCAUUGAAAAUUCGAACUAUGGAGCAAGCGAUCUCAAAUCGGAAAUGAUAUGCGCCGGAAAACUCGACAACAAUGACGAUGGCUUGACGGAUGGAGGCGUCGACUCUUGCCAGGGUGAUUCUGGCGGGCCACUGAUUUGCGCAAUAAACGGACGGGCGUCGCUUGUCGGAGUGGUUUCGUGGGGAAAUGGCUGCGCUUCGGAAGGAUUUCCCGGGGUGUAUUCUUCUGCUGCUUUCAAGGGAACCUACAAUUGGAUUCGAAGAACAGUUCGACCGACAGCGACAAACUCGGCUUACCGAUUUUUGGACUGGCUCAACCAACUCUUUUGA